AUGGAAGAGACGUUUGUGCCGUUUGAAGGAAUCAAGAAUGACCUCAAAGGCAGACUCAUGUGCUAUAAGCAAGACUGGACCGGCGGAUUCAAAGCUGGCUUUAGGAUUCUGGCUCCCACCACUUACAUAUUCUUCGCCUCUGCGAUUCCUGUCAUCUCCUUCGGUGAACAGCUCGAACGAAACACUGAUGGAGUUCUCACGGCUGUUCAGACCUUAGCAUCCACCGCCAUUUGCGGCAUCAUUCACUCUGUUAUCGGAGGUCAGCCACUUCUUAUACUCGGUGUUGCAGAGCCGACUGUGAUCAUGUAUACAUUCAUGUUUAACUUCGCAAAGGCUAGACCUGAACUUGGACGUGACCUCUUCUUGGCUUGGUCUGGAUGGGUUUGUGUUUGGACUGCUUUGAUGCUGUUUGUGAUGGCUAUAUGUGGAGCUUGUUCCAUCAUCAACAGGUUUACUCGUGUAGCUGGUGAACUGUUUGGACUGCUUAUCGCUAUGCUCUUCAUGCAACAAGCCAUCAAAGGGCUAGUGGAUGAAUUUCGCAUUCCGGAACGAGAAAACCAGAAGCUGAUGGAGUUCUUACCUUCCUGGAGGUUCGCUAAUGGGAUGUUCGCUCUGGUUCUCUCCUUUGGUCUUCUUCUAACUGGACUUAGAAGCAGAAAAGCCAGAUCAUGGCGGUACGGUACUGGCUGGCUCAGAAGCUUAAUAGCUGACUAUGGUGUACCACUAAUGGUGCUAGUGUGGACCGGUGUCUCCUACAUUCCAUCAGGAGAUGUUCCUAAAGGAAUCCCUCGGAGACUUCUUAGCCCAAAUCCUUGGUCUCCUGGUGCUUAUGGAAACUGGACCGUGGCAAAGGAGAUGCUUGAUGUUCCAGUCGUCUACAUAAUUGGAGCGUUCAUUCCAGCAUCAAUGAUUGCUGUGCUUUACUACUUUGAUCAUAGCGUAGCUUCACAGCUUGCUCAGCAGAAAGAGUUCAAUUUGAGAAAACCUUCUUCUUACCACUAUGACUUGCUUCUUCUUGGGUUCCUGACUUUAAUGUGUGGUUUACUCGGAGUCCCUCCAUCAAAUGGUGUCAUUCCUCAAUCUCCAAUGCACACCAAGAGCUUAGCAACUCUUAAGUAUCAGCUGCUUCGUAACAGACUGGUUGCAACAGCAAGAAAAAGCAUCAAAACUAAUGCUAGUUUGGGGCAGCUCUACAACAAUAUGCAAGAAGCUUAUCAUCACAUGCAGACACCAUUAGUAUACCAGCAACCUCAAGGUUUAAAAGAACUGAAAGAAUCAACGAUCCAAGCAACUACAUUCACCGGAAACCUCAACGCUCCGGUUGAUGAAACUCUAUUCGAUAUAGAGAAAGAGAUUGAUGAUUUGUUACCAGUGGAAGUCAAAGAGCAGCGUGUAAGCAACUUCCUUCAGUCCACAAUGGUAGGAGGAUGCGUUGCUGCUAUGCCUAUCCUUAAAAUGAUCCCAACCUCUGUCCUUUGGGGUUACUUCGCCUUUAUGGCUAUUGAGAGCUUACCCGGAAACCAGUUCUGGGAGAGAAUCUUACUUCUCUUCACCGCCCCUAGUCGCCGCUUCAAGGUUCUUGAAGACUACCACGCAACGUUCGUUGAGACGGUUCCAUUCAAGACGAUUGCAAUGUUCACUAUUUUCCAAACGGUUUAUCUGUUAAUCUGCUUUGGCCUCACAUGGAUCCCAAUAGCAGGAGUCAUGUUCCCUUUGAUGAUCAUGUUCUUAAUCCCCGUUAGACAAUACAUCCUCCCUAGAUUCUUCAAAGGAGCUCAUCUUCAGGACUUGGACGCAGCAGAGUAUGAAGAAGCUCCAGCUUUACCCUUUAAUCUCGCAGCGGAAACGGAGAUUGGAUCGACAACUUCGUAUCCAGGAGACUCAGAGAUUCUUGAUGAGGUUAUUACACGAAGCAGAGGAGAGUUUAGACACACGAGUAGUCCUAAGGUCACGAGUUCGAGUUCAACUCCGCUCAAUAAUAGGAGUUUGUCUCAAGUGUUUAGUCCACGAGUGGGUGAACUCAGGUUUGGUCAGAUGAGUCCUCGAGUCGUUGGUAAUAGUCCAAAGCCUGUUAGUUGUGGAAGGAGUCCCUUGAACCAGUCCUCGUCAAAGUGA